ACAUCUAAGAUCCCUGACGAGCGAUUUGCUGAGAUGGCCCAGCUAUGGCCCAAGAGGGGCGACCAGCCCUGGCGGCUUAUGCAGACGCUAUGGUCAGAUUCUGUCUCCCACAAAGGCAGCAAUCUCUUCUCUGAUCCCGAGUAUUCCAACGACUCUUAUAUUGCCGCUGGUCCCAAGUCGGCUAAAGGUAGGCUCGACGAACAACGACGGAUAAGCAUGAGUCAAGAGUACGGGGUGGAGUGCCCUUCAGUGGUAAUACCCGCGCAGAAAAGCUUGGAGAUGCGUUUUCCCACGCUUGACAUACUGGAAAUAUGCAUCGAAAUCUACUUCCACAGAUUCCACCCGCUCAUGCCGUUUGUCCAUAAACCGACUUUCUCCCCUAAACACAGUCCGAACAUGAUUGUGUUUCCUAUAUGCCUAAUUGGCCUUUUUCACUUGGACCCGGCAAAGACUCGUGGCUUCGUUGCUAGACACUUAUCAAAAGUGAUGGAAAAUUGUACUACUCUUCUCUCCAAGCCGUGGUCGAGAUCCGAUUCUAGGUCAUUGCUUGUCGUCCUGGCAUCAUCUACGUUAGCGCUGUCAUGUGCAGCUGCCAUGGAGGAACGUGUCCAUUCUGAGCAGACCCACGCACUUUACUCCAAAGUUCUCUCGGUACGUUGGCUUUGCUCGUCUGUUGCACAGCAGAAUGGUCUCUUUGAGGCUGGCAGAGGGCAGCCGAUUGCUUCGAUGCUCCCUCAAGGAAGGUCAGACGACCAAGCCUGGAAGGCUUGGGCAAGAGCUGAGUCAACAAAGAGAUUGAUCGCCUGCCUCGUCAUGGUGGACUCGUUUUUCUCUUCAGGCAUGAGAGCCCACCCCAUAAUCCGCCUAGACACGAUGCGCUUCUAUACCCCGUGCUCAACAUCACUCUUCGAAGCCCCUGACGCGACUCGGUGGGCGCAGCUGGACUCUGCCGGCCAGUGCAUGAAGCCCAGCAUGCUGAACCUUCGACCCAACCAGACCUUCCUACCAGCAGACGUCCCAUUGAGCUCGAUCGGCCUGUACUCUCUCUUAUCGGCCGUGUGGCUGCGGCUUACUGACGUGAAAUGCCGACUUUCCCCACAGGACCCAACACCGAUCCUCAUUCCAGGAGAGCUAUACCAGAAAGAUGAAGCCGGGGUGUUGCUGGUGCCACUAUUGAGAGACAUCUACACGGCAUACAAGGCCGAUCUGGUGCGGAGCAAUCCAAACAAUGUCUUGUUUUGGCAUGCCAUGUGUAUCAGCCUUACGACCAACAUGGACAUUUUGGAGAUUGCUGCUGGGCGUGAUGGUAUCAAUGCUGGGAAAGAGGCACUCGAGAGGAUCGCAGGCUGGGCGCAGAGCCCCUCAGCAAGGCGGGCGUGUCUGCACGCAGCCCACAUCUACGCAGCCAUGUCAAGGAGAAAGGUCAGCGACGGGACCACGUUCCUGUCAGAGGAUGCAAUCUUCAACGCCGCGCUUGUGCUUGGCCUCUACCUCCUGGUCGGUCCGGACUCGCUGCAGGAGGACGGUGAAACAGAGCCGUUUGAGCUGUUGGAUGACAUCGACUGGAACGGGCUUGCUGAGGAGGGUUUUGCCGGCUACGUGCCCUCGUCUUCUAACCGAACCAAGAGCUCGCCCGCCGUCCGAUUCGUGUCUAUGGGCGGACCUGUUUCUUUCAGCAGCAUGGUACUUUCGGGGGGGCUCAACUCAGCCAGGAGAGUGCUGGUCGGCUUCGUGAGUCUCCUAGAGGAGGUGGGAAAGUGGAAGGCGGAAAGCUGUGCCACAUACUUCGCCUCAUGA